AUGCCUCUCCUCGCCUGGCCCGCUAUCGUGGUGCAGCUGCUGCUCGCCGCCAUUGGCCUCUUCGUGUGGCGUCGCUACCUAUCCCCGCUCGCCGACAUCCCGGGUCCCUUCGUCGCCUCCUUCAGCCGCUGGUGGCACAUCCGCCACAUUUUGAUUGGCGACCAGAACCGCCAGCUCGUCCAGCUCCACGAGAAGCACGAUACUGUAUCCGUACAUUUCUGUCUGGGCCACUUCGUCCGCAUAGCCCACAAUGAGGUCAGCGUAAGUCACCCGGACGGGGUCAAGCAGCUUCUGCUCCACCCGCUAUGGAAGGCCAAAUGGUACGAGAUCUCGCAGCUGCCGGACUACCGGUACAAGUCGGCCAUGUCGGCCCUCGACCCCAGGAAGAAGGCCGAGCGGUCGAGAAACCUGGCACCGGGAUACAGGCUGUCCAACGUGAUCAAGUCGGAAGACGCCAUCAGCCGCACCAUCGAGAUGCUGCUGGACUGGAUGGACGCGUACGCCGAGAAGCACGAGCCCAUGCAGCUGGACCGGUUCUUCACCUACACCGCCUUCGACGUAGUGGGCGAGGUGCUCUUCUCCAAGAAGUUCGGCUUUCUGCAGCAGGGCGCCGACAUCCGCAACGCUAUCUCCAACUCGCUGGCGCUGAACGCCUUCGCCACCGUGCUUGGUUUCUUCCAGCCGUGGAACAGGAUCAUUGCCAACCCCUUCGUCACCUGGUUACAGAUCACGCCGAUGGGCCACCUCUUCGACAUCGCCAUGACGGCCCUCAACGAGCGCGAGAAAAACCAAGACGCUCGCUUCGACGUUGUCGCCCACUGGUUUAGGAUGCUGGCCCAGCACCCGGAGCGUAUGCAGCUGCGCGAUAUCCACGUCCAGACCAUCAACAGCGUCAGCGCCGGCGCUGAUACCGUCUCGUGUGGCCUGCAAUCCUUCAUCUACCAUAUGCUGCGCCAUCCGACCGCCUGGCACCGCGUGCGUGCCGAGAUCGACGCCGCAUGCCGCGAACGUGGGCUCUGUGCCGACCGCGUCGUCGCCUUUGACCACGCUCAGCAGCUUCCCUACCUGCAGGCCUGUAUCAAGGAGGCCCUGCGCGUGUUUGGGCCUGUUCCGAUGGGCCUGCCGCGCGUGGCCCCAAAGGGCGGCCUCACCAUCGGCGACCGCACAUUCCCCGCCGGCACGAUACUGUCCAUCAACCCGUGGGUUAUACACUACUCCAAAGAGAUCUGGGGCCUCGAUGCCCACGAGUUCAAUCCCGAUCGGUGGCUGAGUGACUCUGCUGCCGCUUUGGAGAAGUUUUGGAUUCCGUUUGGCGUAGGGUACGCCUCGUGCCCUGGCCAGAAUAUUGCUAAGAUCGAGCUCUCCAAAAUCCUUGCCACCAUUGUCCGGGACUACGAUAUCCGGCAGGUCUACAAGGACCAGGAGUGGAAAUACAAAGCCUACUUCACCGCCGUGCCGCAUUCCUGGCCUUGCUACAUUGAGAAGCGACGAGACUAGAUUCCUAACUGCUUGUUUGGCUGCAAUUUUUGAUUACGAUUUCUGCCGCUCGCCUUUCGUUUGGAAAGUGUGAACGGUUGGCAAUCCGGUAUCCCUUCACAAGCCACUCACUUAUGCGGGGAGACUAUCAGAAUUCGAAACACGGAGGUCGCGUUCUUUAGCUACUAAGUUCUUCUGGGCGGAAUAUUCUCUGGUACCUACAGACGGAAUCCACAGCGUAACCAUCAGAACAUACAUUGUCGUCGGCCAAAGCAGUUCCAGCCUUCAAACAGCUCUAUCAUAGUAUAUCAUGGGGUAGUCGCAGAUGAACCAUCUAGUCCGUUUACCGAAUUUGAUCGCAUCUGAACUACUGUGACGCAGUAGAGGCAGUCAGAAUCAACCGUAUGUAGUACUCUAAAC